UAUUGUCCGUUCGGUAAUCCCAGAGACGGCUUCUCUGCUCUUCUAGGGUUCCUCAGUUCUCCGAAGAAGUAUUCGUCUUUUGUCUACAUAUUGUUUUCAUCAAUCUCACACUACUCUGUUUGCUCAUUUACUCUUCAUGUGAAGGAAUAUGUAUUCUUCCAGAGGAGGCAGCGGAUACGGGCAGUCUUACGGGGGUCAAUCCGCAUAUGGCCAGAAUCUGGGUUCUGGUUAUUCUGGUGGAACUGUUGGAGGACCUGAUGUGGGUCAACAUUCUGUGGCUUCUCGGCAUUCAGCAAUAUUAGGAACUUCUCAAGAAGUUGAUGUUAGUGGGUAUCGGGCUCAUUCUUCCACUGCUGCCCAAUACGGGGGACAGUAUAGUUCUGUUUAUGGUUCAGCUGCUUUGAGUAGUGCGCAGCAGGUUCCUUCUUUGAGUGCCAAGGGGCUGGCAUCGGCUUUGGAGGGUCGUGGGGGUUAUGCUGUGAGUGUUUCUGAUUCACCUAAGUUUGCUUCUGGUGACUAUCUCUCAUCUUCAAGCCACGGAUAUGGUCAUAAAUCAGAUCAGUUGUAUGGCGAUAAAGUUUUGGACUAUUCUGGAAUUGAUAGACGGCAAUAUGGUGAGCGGCAGAGUGCUUAUAUGAGUAGGGACUUACAGAAUGAUCCAACUGGUCGAUAUGCUGCUGAUCCUGUAGGUUUUAGUCAUCAGCAUCAGCAACCAGAAAUAUAUGAUCGCAUUGAUCAGGCAACUUUGCUUCGACAAGAGCAAUUGCUGAAAGCUCAGUCUCUGCAGUCUGCCUCACUUGAUGGGAGUACCAGACAAACUGAUUAUCUUGCAGCAAGGGCUGCUGCUAGUCGUCAUCCUACACAAGAUCUUCUGUCUUACGGGGGAAGGAUAGAUGCUGAACCCCGUGGUUCAUCAUUGCUUAGUGCUGCUUCAUAUAGUGGUCGACAUGCACCGUCCAUAUUAGGGGCUGCUCCAAGGAGAAGUGUAGAUGAUCUCUUAUAUUCCCAAAGCGCUUCAAAUCCCGGUUAUGGAGUGAGCUUGCCACCUGGAAGGGACUAUGCUAGCGGAAAAGGACUUCAUGGGAGUGCUAUGGAGUCAGAUUAUUCUGGAAGUGUAUUGUCGCGCUCGGUGCACAAGGACCACAAGGAUGAUCGAGCUAGUUAUCUUCGAGAAUUUGAGCUCAGGGAAGAAGAGCGUCGUCGGGAGCGCUUGCGAGAGAGAGAGAGGGAAAGAGAAAGGGAGAAGGAACGAGAACGUGAACGAGAAAGAGAGCGUGAAAGGGAGCGCAUUUUGGAGCGGCGGGAGAAGGAAAGGGAGCGAGAGCGCAAACGAGCAUUUGAUGCUAGGCGUGAACGAAGCCCUUUGAGGUCCUCAAAGGAUCCUCGUGCUACUUCGAAAGGUCCUAGAGGUGCUUCAAAAGAUCCACGUGGAUCCUCUUUGACGAAGGAGGCUAGAUCUUCACGUCGAGACUCCCCACAUCAUGAAAUUUCUCAUAGGCACCAUUCACCUGUUAAGGAAAAAAGGAGAGAAUAUGUCUGCAAGGUUUACUCAUCCAGUUUGGUAGAAACUGAGAGGGACUAUCUCUCAUUGGAUAAGCGAUACCCUCGGCUCUUUGUCUCCCCUGAAUUCUCCAAGGCUGUUGUGAACUGGCCAAAGGGUGAUAUCAAACUGUCUAUCCAUACUCCUGUCAGUUUUGAUCAUGAUUUUGUUGAAGAAGAAUGUGCUACUGAGCCUAAAGAUUCAUCGUCCAUGAAGCUUUUAACGGCAUCGCCUGCAAGUGUGGAACAACGAAAUACAGUUUGGAAUGCUAAAAUAAUUUUAUUGAGCGGACUUAGCAGGAGUGCUCUGGAGGAUCUGUCAUCUGAUAGAAGUUUUGAUGAUCGCAUCCCUCAUAUUUGUAAUAUCCUCAGGUUUGCUAUCCUUAAGAAGGACCAUUCUUUCAUGGCAGUUGGUGGGCCAUGGGAAUCUGCAGACGGGGGUGAUCCAUCUAUUGAUGAUAACUCGUUGAUCAGAACAGCCCUUAGGCGUGCCAAAGACGUUAUUCAACUAGAUUUGCAAAACUGUCAGCGAUGGAACCGUUUCCUUGAGAUUCACUAUGAUAGAGUAGGCAAGGAUGGUUUGUUUAGCCACAAGGAGAUCACUGUAUUAUUUGUUCCUGAUUUAUCUGAUUGCCUGCCUUCACUGGAUGCAUGGCAUAACCAGUGGCUUGCGCAUAAGAUGGCUGUUGCAGAGAGAGAGCAUCAACUUCCAUUAAAAAGAGAGAAGUCAAGAGAUAACAAGGAAGCUUCCAAGGAAAAAUCAGACAAGAAAGAAUCUGCAGCCUCAGGACUUCCUGAGGAUGUCAAAAAGGAGAAAGGCAGCAAAGAUGUUAAGAAAGAAGAAACUAACAAUGACCCAGCUCCAGAUGACCGGGCUGAUAAUGCUGAGGAAGGCAAGAAUAUUGAGAAAAAGGAGCAAGAAGAAACAGCCACUGCCAAGACAACUGGUGGUGUGAAGUCUGUGAAGAAGAAGGUCAUAAAGAAGGUUGUGAAGCAGAAAGUUGCCAGCAAGACUAAUGAUACUGCUGGCAAGCAGCUAGGCAAAGUGAAUGAGAAGGAUAAUGCUGACAAAAUGACUUCAGAUGUUCCUGUUGAGGAUAACAAAUCUUCAGAGAGCGGGGAUAAGAGUGGGGAUGCUGCUUCUGCUAAAUUGGUUGCUACAGAGGAUGCUUCAGUGGGGAAAGGAGAUGCUGAUGAGGUGAAAGAUAAGAAAGAAAUAAAUGGCUCCGAAGAUAAACUUCAAGAUAAGCCUGAUCCACAGUCUAAUGCAGCAAAUGAUUCUGGCGUGAAAACAAAAAAGAAGAAAAUUAUCAAACGUGUACCUAAAAAAAAGGUGAUUGCUGGGGCAUCCAAGCCAGAGGCUUCUGACUCUAAAGAUGAAGGGAAUGUAGUGUCUGCUCAGGCGCAGACUGACCCCCAAAGUACUGCCAACCAGACUGACCCUCAAAGUACUGCCAAGCAGACUGUUGAUGCCAACAACUCAGUGACUGAGGCAAACAAAACUGAAAAGACAGUUCCUAAAAUAAAGUCAAAGCCUGCAACCCCUGGUAAGCAAGAUAAGUUAGGCGACUCAAAUAAAACAGAAAUAAACUCUGACUUGGAUGGAAAAAAAGUUGAAAAAGGGACUGGUGAAAAAAAUGCGUCUGGGAUUGAUAAGCAGAAAUCCUCUGAGGACAAUCAUAAUGGAAAGGGUAAAUUGAAAGAUGGUGACAAGUUAAAAGAGGUGAAAGCAACAAGAGAGAGAGAUGGAAAAGAUGAAUCUAAAAGCAAAUCUACUAAAGAAGUGAAAGAUAAGAAGAAGUCUGAUGAACCUCCUCGGCACCCUGGAUUCAUUCUCCAGACUAGAGGGUCAAAAGAAUCCAAGCUGCGUUCAUUGUCACUUUCAUUGGAUUCACUAUUGGAUUAUACUGACAAAGACAUCGAAGAAUCAACAUUUGAGAUUUCAUUAUUUGCUGAAUCAAUUUAUGAAAUGCUUCAGUAUCAAAUGGGAUGUCGAAUUUUGACAUUUCUUCAGAAGCUGCGCAUAAAAUUUGUGAUGAAAAGAAACCAACGAAAGAGGCAGCGAGAAGAUGGGCAUGAGAAAGACAAUGUGAAAAAUUUGCCUGUGAAACGGCCAAAGGGUGAUGAUCUUUCUGAGAAAACUGAGCUCUCUAAUGUGGACAAAAGCACAACAACAGUAGAUGACGGGAAAAAUGCGAAAAAUGACAACUCUGAUGUUAAGGGGGAGGACAUGAAGAUGGAUGAUGUAGAAGAGGAGGAGGAAGAUCCAGAGGAGGAUCCGGAGGAGGAUCCAGAUGAGGAUCCUGAAGAAUAUGAAGAAAUAGAAAAUGAAAGUCCUCGGCACGAUUCAUCUAAUGAGGAAAAUGCAGGGCAAAAGGCUGCCACGAAUGUUGAACCUGAUAAAGAAGCAUAUGAAACUUCCAAAGGGGAAGAUAAGGUUAAAGAAGUAGUAAAAGAAUCCAAGUCUGAUGCUCAUUCAAAUGAAGAAAAGGAAGAUAAAAUGGAUAAAAGUAAGAAAGAAGUCCGUACUGUUAAGGAGGCUACUGUAGACAAAGAAUUGUUGCAGGCCUUCCAUUUUUUUGAUCGGAAUCGAGUUGGAUACAUUAGGGUUGAAGAUAUGAGACUGAUUAUCCACAACCUUGGGAAAUUUCUUUCUCACAGGGAUGUCAAGGAGCUUGUACAAAGCGCAUUGUUAGAGAGCAACACUGGGAGAGACGAUCGUAUACUUUAUAACAAGCUGGUUCGAAUGGUUGAAAUUUGAGACGUGAUGCCCCCCAGUCUCCAAAUUUGUGGGCUUUGAAUCAUAAACUUCCCGUCUUAUUGGUUGGGUGGGGAUGCCUCGUGUUAUCAGUGUCUUGUACAUGAUGUCAAUUAUGUGUUGAGGGGGAAACUUCUCUUUAAAUUUUAUAAAUUAUUGAGACAGAUUUCAAAUAUGGUGGAUAAAUUUUUGUAUGCCAUUGUCUUUGCUUAAAAAUUAAUGGUGGGAAUUCAAUUAGCCAAGCUAGUCUGCAUGUGAAA